AUGAGUACCGGCCACCGUAACCCCAUCACCUUCUUCCUCCUUUUCAUUGCUUUCCUCUUGAGGUUCAGGUCCUUUUCCAGUAAAAUAACUUCCCAUUCCCAAUGUAUCGAUCUUCUCGAGCUCAAGAAAGGCUUUUUAUUCUCGUAUGCAACCACUUCACUCCCGUCCUGGCUCACCGGCACAGACUGCUGCACCUGGGAAGGCCUCACCUGCGAAGAAUCUUCCGGUCUGGUCGUUUUUCUCGACCUCAGCGAGCGAAAUAUCUCUGGCAAGAUCACGCCAUUCCUCUUUAACAUCACCUCGCUUCAAAGACUCAACCUUGCCCACAAUUCGUUCGACGAAAGUCCUCUACUUGAAAUCAGAAACCUUGGCAAUCUCACUCAUCUUAACCUCUCUAAUUCCGGGGUCAUAGACCACCGAGUACCCAUGGACAUCUCUCUCCUCAGAAAGCUGGUAUCUUUGGACUUCUCUUGGUCAGGAUGGAACACAGAAUCACCUCCAUUGGAGCUCCGGGAGCUCAUUGGAGGUUUCUCAAACUUGAUUGAACUCUACUUGGAUGGUGUCAAUGUCUCUGCAAAUGGGACAGAGUGGUGUAGUGUCAUCUCUGAAUCUGUUCCAAAGCUUGAAGCUCUCAGCUUGGUGGGCUGUUCACUCACAGGACCAAUUGACAGUUCCUUGUCCAAGCUCCGGAAUCUCUCUCUACUUCGUCUUGAUGACAAUGAUUUGUCUUCUGAGGUACCUGAAUUCUUUGAAGAUUUCUACUCUUUGAAUGUGCUUACUCUCUUCAACUGCAAACUUCAGGGAUUUUUCCCGAAAAGUGUGUUUCAACUCAAGAACUUGAAGUAUAUUGAUAUAUCACACAAUGAUGAGCUUUCAGGUUAUUUGCCGGACUUCCUGAAAGAUAGCACUCUGGAGAGCUUGAUAAUUUCAUCCACGAAUUUCUCUGGUAGUUUACCGGAUUCUUUAGGAAAUUUGGAGUCAUUGAUAGAUUUGGAUCUUAGUGGUUGUCAUUUCUCAGGAUCAAUACCUUGGUCAUUCCGGAAUCUAAGCCAGUUGGUCUAUUUGGAUCUCUCUUAUAAUAACCUCACAGGGGAGAUACCAGUGGUUCUCGGUGGAAUAUGGAUUUCUGAAAUUUUGCUCUCAAAUAAUAAUCUGACUGGGUCCGUCCCUGAAUCUUUCAGCCAGCUCAACCAUCUUGUUACUCUUGAUUUACAGGAGAACUUUCUCUCUGGAUCGAUCCCGGCAUCUUUGUUCACUCUUCCGGCAUUGCAAGAGUUACAGCUAAGUAAGAACGAGUUCUCUGGGCAGCUGGAAGAGUUCUCAAAUGCCUCUUCUGUGUUACAAGUUGUUGAUUUGGGCAACAAUAAUCUCCUAGGGGAGAUCCCAAAAUCAAUGUUUGAUCUCUUGGGUCUCCAGUCUCUUGUGUUGUCCUCAAACAACUUCACUGGCACAAUUGAACUGGACUUAUUUCGCAACCUCCGGAAUCUCAAAUCCUUAGAUCUAUCAAGCAACAACUUGUCAGUGUCAGACGGAACUGGUGAUUCUUCUCUUCUCUUUCCUUCCCUUGCACAGUUGAAUUUGCAAUCUUGCAAUCUAGUCACUAUUCCAGCUUUUCUGAAGCAUAAAAACAACAUGGAAUGCCUAAACCUUUCAAAUAACAGAAUUGGCGGCACCAUACCUGAAUGGAUUUGGAGCAUUGGGGACAUCUGCUACUUGAAUUUAUCCCGCAACUUAUUUACAUUUGUUGAGGGACCUCCACCUUAUGUCACAAUGAGUGCGGGUUUCAUUUUGGAUCUCCACUCUAACUUGCUUGGCGGACCAAUUCCCCUUCCCCCGCCAAAUAGCUUCAUUGUGGACUACUCAAACAAUCACUUUGCGUCUUUCAUCCCUUCCAACAUAUCAUACUACAUAAAAAACACCAUAUUCUUCUCAUUGUCAAACAAUAGGCUCACAGGAGAAGUCCCCUCAUCAAUUUGUCAAGCAACAAAUCUCAGAAUCCUUGAUCUUUCCUACAACAAUUUGAAUGGUUCAAUACCAGCUUGCCUCAUGGAGAGUCUUACUGAACUUCUAGUUCUUAGAGCUCGAGGUAACCAAUUUCAAGGGCCCAUUCCUCAACAAAUCAGUUCAAGGUGUGCUCUGCAAAAGAUCAAUCUCCACGGGAACAAGUUGGAAGGGGAAGUUCCUCGAUCAUUGGCCAAUUGUGACAAGCUAGAGUUUCUGGACCUUGGCAGCAAUAAUCUUGUAGAUUCUUUCCCAUAUUGGUUGGGCAACCUUCCUGAACUGAAAGUUCUUGUACUAAGGGAAAAUGGAUUCUACGGACCUUACGGAAAUACUAGGGGCAAUUGUGAAGGCAAUCAUACAUUCGCAAUGGUGCACAUCUUAGACAUCUCUUCUAAUAACUUCAGUGGCACCCUCUCAUCUGACUGCUUCAAGAAUAUGAAGGCAAUGAUGAGUCAUCAGGGGAUAACAAAUGCAUUUAGAGGAGGAUUGACCGCCAAUUUUUCAUUUGUUGUUUUCUCAUCCAUAAGUGGUUAUCAUAGCUUGUUUGAUUCAAGUGAUUAUUGGGACUUGGUUACAGUGGCUUUGAAAGGUGUUAAGAGGGACCUAGUAAACACUAUGACAAUCUUCACAGCUAUUGACCUGUCGAACAACCAAUUUGAAGGGCCUCUGCCUGAAGCUAUCGGGAACCUUAAGGCACUCAUUUCGCUGAACAUGUCAGGUAAUGAUUUCAAUGGCCGAAUUCCAUCCGUGUUUGAGAAUUUGACGGAGAUGCAGUCAUUGGACCUUUCAGGAAACCAGCUCUCUGGACAGAUUCCUAACUCUCUGACCUUCCUCACCUUUCUGUCUUUCUUGAAUCUCUCGAAUAAUAACUUAGUUGGAAAAAUACCAUAUGGCAACCAGUUCUCCACAUUUUCGAGUAAUUCAUUUGAAGGGAAUCCAGGACUGUGCGGGAGCCAAUUAUCAAGGCAAUGUGUUAAUUCUAGUGUGGAGCCUUCUUCAAAUUUCAACAAUGCAUACCCUGGGCUCGACAUUGAUGUGAUAUGGAUUUGGAUGUUCACAGGGUUGGGGUUCAUAGUGGGAUUUGCAUCUGUUAUUGGAUUUCAAUUGCUUUUUCCCAAGUGGAAUAUAUGA